AUGGAGAACAUCAACAAGGCUCGAAACCACAAGGGUAUCAUCGCCUUUCCAGCCAGCAAGCAUCGAGUUGCUUGGGAUCUGUUUGGUGGCCUGCUCAUCCUCUACGAUCUCUUUGUGAUUCCGUUGAAAGUGUUUGAGUAUCCUGAUACGCUUUUCACGGACUCUAUGGAUUGGAUGACUCUCCUAUUUUGGUCCCUCAACGUCCCUGCGACACUAACUGUGGGCUUUACACGCCGUGGAGAGACGGUCAUGGCACCGGGUGAGAUUUUGAAGAAUUACUUGAAAACUUGGUGCAUAGUGGACGUCAUCACGCUGGUCCCGGACUGGGCAUUUACGCUGGUGCGGAUAUCAACGCCAAACCUGGAAGAUGAAGCAAGCGGGGGUGGCCUCGGAGAAGAAGGGGUCCGCCUACUUCGUAUCCUUCGCUUGGCACGAACUGCACGGCUGCUGCGACUGCUGAAGCUGCAAAAGGUCAUGGAGAAGAUAAGCGAUUAUCUGGACUCAGAAGUGGCAAGCAUCAUGGCCAACAUCGCCAAGAUGAUUCUGCUACUGCUGGCAUUGAAUCACCUAAUCGCCUGCGUUUGGUACGCAUUGUCCAUAGCCUUCCACGAUGCUGGCAUCCCUGCCUGGGUCGACAGCGGCAUGCUCACGGAGCCCUGGGAUAUUCGCUACGUGACCAGCUUCCACUGGUCCAUCACGCAAUUUACGCCAGCCUCCAAACCUCCUGUCCAGCCUGCAAACAUUGUCGAGCAGACAUUUGCCAUCUUUGUCGUGGUCUUUGCUCUCGUUGGCUUUUCCUAUGUCGUCGGGAGCAUCCUAGGGUCGCUCGCGCAGCUACGAAGCAUGACGGAGCAGUCGGCCAAGGACUUCUGGAUGAUGCGGCGCUUCCUGCGAAGGAACCAUGUCCCCAUGGAGCUCGCUUCACGCAUCCAACGCUUCGUGGAGCACGCGCACUCCCAGCAGCAGAAGAAGAUGUCCGUCCAGGAAGUGAAGGUCUUAUCAUUGCUGUCAGAAGGUCUCAUGGAAGAAUUGCAGUGUGCCAUGAACAUGCCGCACAUGAUGGUUCAUCCUCUUUUUGCUUUUCUGAACAGCUUCUCCGUAAUCACAGUGCAACGCCUAGCCAAAGAGGCCGUGCAACGUUUCCAGCUGGCUCGAGGGGACACGCAGUUUCUACCGAAUCAGGAAGGCAGCUACCUGUACUUCAUCGCCGCUGGCCGGAUGCAAUAUGUCAGGGAUGCAGACACUCCAAACGCGCGCGUGGAAGUCGUGGACAAGGGCGAGGACUGGAUCGGAGAGCCGGUGAUGUGGACCCCAUUCUGGGUACACGUGGGCCAGUUGACCGCAGUGUCGGAGUGUGAUCUUUGCGCUGUGGCGCCAAAGGCGUUUGGCGAUAUCGUGGCGCUCGUACGGCCUGUCGCCGCCAUCGUCGCGCGCUACUCGCAAAAGUUCAUGAUGUGGGUCAAGGAUUUGGACACGAAGGGAGAGCUGACCGACGUCAUCCAGGGUGAGGACGCGACGGACACCAUCAGAAGCUUUCUCGACUAG